AUGAACCCUCUAAGUUUUACUGGUUCAAGCACUAUUGAGGAUCUAGAGAACUUUAUUGAGGAGCUGCAAAAGGUAUUUGAUGUCAUGCACGUUGCUGAUACUGAGAGGGUGGAACUAGCUGCAUACCAAAUGAAGGUUAAGGAAAAGAAGCUGAGGGAUAAUGAGGAGUUUAGAAACAAGAAAGCGAAGACAGGAAAUGAGUCUGGGCAGCAAAGAGGGCAAGACCUUCCAAAUCUCAGUGUAGUGUGGCACAAGGAAGUAACUAGGCUCUUACAUGUGCCAAGUGUGGUAGAACCCACCCAGUGCCUUAAAAACCGACAAGGUAGUGGAAAUAAGGGAAAUAGUGCCCAAUCUUCAUCAGUUGCUCCACUAGAUAGAGCUGUACCUAGAGGAGCUACUUCCGGUACUGGCGGAGGUGCAAACCGUCUUUAUGCGAUCACUAGUCGCCAAGAGCAAGAGAACUCUCAAGAUGUUGUAACUGGGGCAAGUUUAUCUUUUGUAAUCCCUUAUGUUGCAAAUGGUUUUGAUAUUCUUCUUGAGAAACUCUGUGAACCCUUUUGUGUUUCUACACCUGUUGGGGAGUCUAUUAUAGCUGAGCGAACCAUGCCUCCUCUUAAAAGUUACUUAAUGAAUGCUAAUGACCGCAAUGCUGAUGCAUUUGCUCUAGUCCCAAAUCAUGAGGUUCUGAAUGUAGAGUUUCAGUUCGCCAUUAAACUUUUGGCCUAUAGUGUAGCUAACUAG